AUGCCCGAUAAAUACAUUUUGAAGAGGUGGAAGAAAACUGCGAAAUCUGGAUUGGUGUCAUAUGCAAAUGGCAACGAAAUUAAAGACUCUGCAGAUCCAAGUCUUUUAAUAAAGCGGAGUACAAUGUCCCGACUUGCUUCAGAUGUGGUUGAGGAUGCAUUAAUGUGUGAAGAAGGAUGUGAGCUACUGUCAGAGACUCUAAAAAGUUUGGGGGUGAAGUUGAAGUUGUUGAAGGAUGGACCAAGUAAUAACGAAGUUGGAGGGUCCAGCUCUAUUUGUGCCUAA